AAUCGUUACCAGGCAUACAUUUAUCAUAGCUACGGUUGACAAAUGACAUUCUUGAGAGCCGCAACAACUACAACCACAAGACUCACCCGAACGCCCAUCGCUUUGACCCGCACGAUGUCCACCUCGAUCGAGAUCCCGCAAAAGAUGCGUUGCGUCCUCGUCAAGGACAACCAAGGACCCGCAGAGAACAUGUAUCUUGGGGAAGAAGAGGUGCCAAAGACGAAAGAGGGGGAGGUUCUGGUCAAGAUAAAAGCCUUCGGCCUCAACCGUAUGGACAUCAUGCAGAGGCAGGGCAAGUACCCCCUCCCGCCUCAGGCCAGCAAGACGAUCAUGGGCGUAGAGUUCGCUGGGGAGGUCGUCAAGCUCCACGGCGAUAGUGAAGAGAGCAAAGAGGCUGGAAACGAGAGUGAGAAUGGGGAAAAGUGGAAGCUCGGUGACGAGGUCGUCGGGUUGGCUUAUGGUGGUGCCUAUGCCGAAUACAUCGCCCUUUCCUCCAAGAUGAUCAUCCAUAAACCUCCUCACCUGACCCCCGUGCAAGCCGCAGGGGUCCCGGAGAACUGGAUGACAGCUUACCAGGCGCUCUUCCUCGAAGGGGGAAUGAAGGAGGGAGAAAACGUCUUGAUUCACGCGGGAGCCAGUGGGGUUGGUGGGGCGGCGAUCCAGUUGGCCAUCAAGUUCGGAGCGAACAAGGUCUUCACCACAGCUGGUACCGACGACAAGGUCGACUAUCUGAAAAAGCUCACCGGAGGCAAAGUCCACGCGUUCAAUUACAAGACGCAGGAUUUCGAAAAAGAGAUUAAAAAGGUCGACGAAGCUGGUGUCGACUUGAUCGUCGAUUUCGUCGGGCCCGACUACUGGAACCAGAACGUCUCUUUACUCCGACAAGACGGCCGUAUGAUCCUUCUCGCUGCCAUGUCCGGUCCGAAGCUCCCUGCCGAUUCGGCCCUCAUCCCGAUCCUCUUCAAACGACUGAAUAUCAAGGGAUCCACCCUGAGGUCAAGGAGUCCGGCUUAUCAGGGCGACCUGUUGGGCCGGUUUGAAAGAGAAGCGCUGGGCGCUUUGGGCGGGGAGGAUUCGGGGAUGGAAAUGAAGGUUCCCAUCUACAAGGUCUUUUCCUGGAAAGACGUUGUGGGCGCUCACAAGGAGAUGGAGGCCAACAAGAAUAGUGGCAAGAUUGUGCUCGAGAUCGAUUGACUGGCCUCCCGUGCAACAACGGCGAGACAUGAUUUAGACAGAAAUUAUGUAUCCAUAUGAAGCGAUUUAUAUUAGAAUCUCCAGUUCGGAGAGCUAUAAAGGCUGCGCGUUGCAUAUCCCCGAG